GAGACUCUGAGCCCUUGGGAUGUGAUAGAAUAAUGAAGGGAAUGAUAAUAAACGUCUGACUCGUGUUUAUAAUGCGCGGAAUAUAUGAAGACUCGCAUCACACGAGAGUAUAAAGGGGUUGAUGAUGCUGUGUGCAGUGGAUGUGUACGGGCGAGUGUUCAGUCUGUCUGCCGUCAGAGGGCGCUGGACACGCGCAUCUGAUCUGCUGCUCGAGCUGAAGCGCGUGUCAGGCUGCCAGCACUGCUGCUGGGGAGUUGGCUGCGACCAUCAGCUUUAUCUCAAUGUCUACCCCUCUGAUGUGCCUAUCCGACACCUGCAAGAGACCUAUGAAAACCAGAGAUGGAACCCAGUUGAAGGUUACACAGACACACUUCUGCCGACAGAUCGCUGGCAGUGGACAGAUGAGUCGGGCUUGAAUCAACAGCCUCUUCACAGCUUUGUGUUGCCUUCUGCUAACUGGGAGUGGGAGGGUGACUGGUAUGUGGAUGAUGAAAGCUGUGGAAGAGAAUCCACUGAGACUGGGGGAUGGCAGUAUGCAGUGGACUUUCCUGCCACCUUCACCAAAGAGAAGAAAUGGAACUCAUGUGUCCGUCGCAGGCGAUGGCUUCGCUACAGGAGAUAUAAAGCGCUGGGAUCAUGGGCCAAGGUGCCUUUGGACAGAGGCAGACCCCCUCCAGAACCCUUCAUUGACAUCAGCUGUGGAGGAUGGGACAUGAGUGACAGUCCUGAAAAACACAUUUAUCUGUGGGCCGUGUCCCAACAAGGGAAGGUGUGGUUCUGCAAGGGAAUCAGGCACCAGAGCCCUGAGGGUUCCGGCUGGGAGUCUGUCCAGGUGCCCAGAGAGGUGGCUCAGGUCAGCGCGGGGCCAAAAGACCUGCUGUGGGUCGUCCUCUGGGAUGGACAACUGCUGGUCAGAACGGGCGUCAGCAAAGACUGCCCUAAAGGUUCAUCGUGGGAGGUGGUAGAGUCCCCGAAUCAGAAAGGAGUUGUUCAUGUCGCAGUGGGUGUCAGUGUGGUUUGGGCUGUUACUAAGGACAACAAAGUUUGGUUCAGGAGGGGAGUGGAUUCCCACAAUCCCACUGGCUCAGGCUGGAUCAGUAUUGGUGGAGAGAUGGUGAUGCUAAGUGUGGGGCCCAAUGACCAAGUAUGGGGGGUUGGUAGCGAUGACCGGAUGGUGUAUUUUCGUCAUGGUGUGACGGCCACCGAGGUGACGGGCAGGUCAUGGGUCGCUAUGUCUGCUCAGCUCGACUGCGGUGGAAUCACAAGCCAAUCCAGUGCCUGCACGCUCAAUGAUGCUAGUGAGGUCACGGCUCCUUCCCAGGGUUCAGUUCUGGACACGGACGUUCCAAAGCCACGAGUCCCCAAGAUCACAAGUGACAGCUUCAUCUCUGCCCUAGUGUCUGAUCGCUCAGACUCUACUGUACCUGAGGGAAACCAGUUGACGAGUCAAGGGCCAGAUUCCUCUAUCAUGACACCGACACUUCCGUGCAGCCAGGCGGAUGGCGCUGAUACACCGUGGAGUAAUGUUGACUUGGAGGAGAUGAAGGGAUCCGUACCCAGCACCGCCCGGAGCUCUGUGGCCACGUACCCCUUUGAGCUGGAGCAGAAGACGGUGGAGCAGGAGGACGUGCCUCCCUGGGCCUGGGUCACCGGAGGAGGAUGUGACAUCGACUCCAGCUCACCCAUCAGCUGGCUGAACACCUCAGAUGCAGGGCCCAUUUCUCCAUCCAUCACACCUGCUCUCAGUGUUACACACACACCCACAGAGAAAACUUCACAGGACAGAGACUCAUCAGGAGACACGUGUGUGCGUGUGAUCAGAGGAUGUAUGUGUUGGUGGAGAGACUGGUCUCCUCAUCAGUGGGAGGAUGUGAGUUUGAUGCUGGAGCAGGUGAGAGGUGCUGGAGAUCAGACAGAGCACAUCCUUUACUUCUACUACACUCACAACCACCAGAAGAAGUACGUGCACGCGUUGAUAAAGGAAGUGACAGCGCUGGUGCCUGUGUUCAGAGACUCUCUCUACACGACGGCUGUGUACACGGCUGAACGCACUCGACAGAGACGUCCCAUUUUACUGGCAACUCACUCUCAACAAGACUUCAAUACUUGGCUUUCUCUGUUGCAUGAGUCGUGCUGUGAAUCCAGAGGUCUGGGACAUCAUCUGUCUAAACAGGCCCUGUGGGCUGUGACCUCUAAAGGUGACAUCAUGGUCCAUGAGCCGUCCCCCAGCCUGGAGGCUUCAGCUCAGUAUUUACCCUGUGAACAGAUGUUCUGGCGUCAGGUUGCGGGUCACCUGCUCUGUGUGGAGUCUAACAGUCUGGGUGUGGUGUGGGGUAUCGGUCAUGAUCACACUGCCUGGGUCUACACGGGGGGCUUCAGGGGAGACUCGCCUCAGGGAAAUGAAAAUAUUGACCAGACAAUAACGGACGUAAGGGGCGUCUACGUCUAUGAGAACCAGCGGUGGAACCCGAUGACAGGAUACACAGAUAAGGGUCUUCCAACAGAUCGCUACAUGUGGAGCGAUGCGUCAGGUCUAAGAGAGUGUACCAAAGAGAACACCAACCCUCCCUCACCGCAGUGGAUAUGGGUGUCUGAUUGGGCCGUAGACUACGAUGUACCCGGAGGGUCAGAUAAAGAAGGCUGGCAGUAUGCUGCAGAUUUCUCUGUGACCUUCCACGGUUAUAAGACGAUGAAGGACUUUGUGCGACGCAGGCGGUGGGUGAGGAAGUGUCAGGUCGCUCUCACUGGACCUUGGCAGAAAGUUCCUCCCAUCCCUCUGAGUGACAUCACCAUCCUGCCGUGUCUGACUCAGUGCAGCGUGGAGCAGGUUCCUCUGUGGGCCAUCAGUGAGAAGGGAGAUGUGCUGUGUCGUCUGGGGGUCACAGCUGAUAACCCUGCCGUGAAUGCUGGUACCACAUUCCCUCUCCACCGAGACAAACCCUCAAACAGGUGUGUGUGGGCCGGACCUCUGUUUAUGCUGUGGAUGAAAACAGUAAUCUGUGGUACAGACAGGGUUUGACACCCAGCUAUCCUCAGGGCUCUGCAUGGGAACUCAUCUCCAGCAAUGUGUGUAAGGUGUCUGUUGGACCGCUGGACCAGGUCUGAAAGCUUUUACACUAAUAUGGCAAUAAAAUAGUUUCAGGUUUUGUCAGUUUCAUAUACUCCAGGAGUACCUGCCCAUAUAGCAAAGAUAAUUGAUGGAAUAUAUGCAUUGUAUUUUUUAACAUUGAAUCAACAUUAAAUCAAUACUCUAAAAUCAAUCAAAAUCAAUACUCUAUACAUCAUGUCCUCCUAAUCCUAAUCAUCCCCAUAUGGACUAAUUGGCAUCGUAACUCUGUCUCCUCUCCACCAAUGAGCUGGUGUGGGGUGGGCGUUCUGGCGCAUUACUGUAGGUUCACACCGCCACCACCGUUGAGGGCGUCGAGUAGAGUUGAAAUCAGGUCAACUUUAUGGUUAAUGAGCUAUGAUGCGGUUCGGCGGCAACCAAUCGGAACGUAGAAAUGCACCGCUUGUGAGGAAUUAGAGAACGCAGCCCUGUAAACUUUGGUCUACGUCAGAGCGCCAGAGCGUCCAAGAAUAUUUCUACAGCGUUGAUGGUAGGACGGCCAGAGUGAUUUUUGACGCUCUCGACAGCGGCGGUGUGAACGUGCCUUAUGGCUGUCGUCGCAUCAUCCAGGUGGAUGCUGCACAUUGGUGGUGCUUGAGGAGAUUCCCCCUUCCAUGUAAAGUGCUUUGAGUACCCAGAGAAGCGCUAGAUAAAAAUGUAACUAAUUAAUUAAAUCUUUGCUUUCUGGGGUGGCAUGGGCUGUUUCCCGACAAGAUAUUCAAAUGCUUCUCAUUAUGGCCUCAUUACCACCUCAAAUGUGUUUUUCUUCAGUAAUUCAGUGGUUUGUAUUGUAAACAAACCCUUUAGACUGUAAAGUGCAUGUAAAACAAACUGCUUAAUAGAGCUCCGGAGGUUGUCGUCACGCAAUCUGAUCUCAUUCAGGAGAGCUAGAGCGGCCGUAGCAUUGAUAUUGACAGUGGUCAAACAAUAAUUUAGCUGUUUUGCCUUUACAAAUCGGAGUAGGAUGAUGAAAAGUUGAUGAGGUAGUUGUAGAUAUUAGGAUCCUGCAGGUCAGGAAAUGUAUCCAUUUCUUUAUUGAUACACGUUAAAAGCACCCCGGCCCGGGGGCAUUACAUGCAUCUGUUAUGUUUAAUCUAUUAAGUUUUGCUAUGCACAGGCAAUGGUGUAACUUUGGUUUGAGAAGUGGGGGGGACACAAAAAGGGGGAAAAUGUUUUUGAUUUGAAUCCCAUUUCCUGCAUUUACAUACGUUUAGGCACUACGGUGAUACAAAAUCCAUGAAAUAAUGGAUUUACUGCAUGAAGUGAGGGAAGUAUGGAUGGAGGGCAGCAAGUGAUUUUCUCCAUAGGGAAUUCACUAUCACAAACUCAAAAUACCUUUGUUUUGCAUCGUUUUUGAUUGUUUAAAUUGAUUAAACCAUGAAACCACACAGUGUUUUUAUUGUGUAGCAAAACGUUGAUGUUUAUGAAGGGGGAAAAUGCGAAUAUUGACUGAGAAACGGAGGAAAAAAUGGCUUGUAAACCUGAAUCUGCAGUCAGGAGGAGACAAGACGAAUGACUUUCUAAAACGCUUAACGAGGUUUAACGUAACGUUACCUAAACAACGACCAGAGAAGCCCACGUUUCUGUCAAGCCUUGUCGUAAACACUAACUGCUGUUAAAUGAACGAGUCUAAUCUUCCAUUAUAAGAAAACAGCUUAACAUUCUACCGAAACAACGACUACACAAAACCAAAUUUCUAUUAAACCUUAAUUGUAACAAACACUAGCUACUGUUAAAAUCGACACAGACAGACUGCUCGGUCCUACUUCAAUUCAAUUCAAUUUUUUUCAUAUAGCGCUUUUCACAAUGUGGAUUGUUUCAAAGAAGCUUUACAGGAAAAACACAGAAAUGUAAAACACAGCAGAGUGCAUGGUGUUUAUAGAACAAGCAAGAUCAAGCCAGCCAACACGGCCUUGUGGCGAGGAACCCAAACUCCGAUGAUAAAUAAAUGGAGAAAAAAAACCCUUGUGAGAAACCAGUCUCAGCCGGGAGGGCCAAAUCUCCUCUGACGUGUCACAGCUGCACUCAGUGACUUUGAUUAAAAGUUACUGAGUAAAUGUUUAUGAAGAAUAGGGAGAGUUUAUUGGUUGUGAUUUAGGAAGUUUCAUUUGUUGAAACUGUUUGGGUCUAAUUUGGUCUUAUUUUUUAUCAAUAUCAGGCAACAGAGGAAUGUUAUAAGCAGGGAAAAUAAUAAUGGCAUAAUGUAACAGCUAUAACUUCAGACUGCAGUCAUGUGAUGUAAGUUUAGCAUCAUUGUAAAUUUAGCAUUAAUGUGAAAAGUAGUCCAUCUUUGCUCUUGGUUGGGGAUGGAAUUGCCUGAGCGCGUUCAUACGUUGAUGUCAUUAUCUACUUCUCCGUGGCGAUAACGGCGUGCGGUUAAAAAUCAUAACAAACCAAUUUGAAAGUGGGGGGGACACGAACGGGAUUUUGAAAAGUGGAGGGGGGACAUGUCCCCCUUGUCCCCAGUGGAAAUGACGCCCCUGUGCGCAGGUCUAUGUCUUUUGAAUUAAAGUACGCAGUGAACUCUGUUGCCUUGAAACACAUGCUGGCGCCAUUCAUUUCAUAUUCGCUCCCGUCUGUCCUUGCCUGCCAGUAUGGCGGUGUAAACAGAAUAGGUCACGUGACUGCCGGAGCUCUAUACUGUGCCACCAUAACGUUUCAGUAAAUUAGUUGCUGAAUGUAAAGUGGACUUUGUGUUUUAUUUGUCCAGGUGUGGGUAAUCGCUGAUAAAAUGCCAGGUUUUCCAUCAGAGAGUUCAGGAACUGUGUGCCACAGGCUGGGAGUGAAACCCAUGCACCCAAAAGGCCUGAGCUGGGACUUUGG